AGCCCUUUUUGCUUUGGUUAUUUUUGAGGUAGGAUCUUGUGUUUUCAGUUUUGCCCAGGGCCAGCCUGGAUCGCAAUCCUCCUACUUGUGCUUCCCAGUUAGCUGGGGCAACAGGCGUGCACUACCACACCCAGAUCUUUUUUUGUUGCAAUGGAGUCUCAGUAACUUUUCCCCACCCCACACUGACCUUGAACCUCCCAAGUAGCUAGGAUUCCAGCCGUGAACCACUGAACCUAGAGAGUAUAGCAUUUUAAAAAACAUUUCUUCUCUCCUUCCUGCUUCCAUAGUGCUGUGGGGUGAGAAAAUGAAGAGAUUGCCCCAGUUACAGAAUGUUACCAUCAGGGUGGUCUUUAUAAGAUGCUAGACUUUCAACAGCUGGACAUGGGGUUGGGAAAUCAGGAGGGGGUGGGAGGUAGACCUGGCAGAGAAAACUGCAUGGACAUGAAGAAAGAGGAGGGAGGUCUGGCAUUAUGUGUGAGGUAGUUAAAUGCCCUUGAUGGGGUCUUGUAAAUAUAUUCCUUCAGCAAACAUUUCUGAGCAUUUUUGUAUCUAGUACCUGUCAUACACCAGCGAAAAUCCAACAGUUGUGCAAAUAACAACAAUACCAUCUGGCACGUGCAAGAAUGAGAUUGUUCAGGAUAUUAACAGAGCCCAGAGGAAAGGCAGCUCACUAAGCUUUGGGGGAAAGAAGUGUGAGCUGGUUUUGUUUUGUUUGUCUUAUUUUUGUUUUGUGACAUGUAAAAUAUGACCCGUCUUGAUAUGUUAGUAUCUAUGAUAUAUUGGUAUUGAUAUCUUAAUGUAUAAAACAUGCCUGUGUUUAUACAGGACAUUACAUUUAUUUUUGACUACUUCUGGAAAAGAAUUUGAUAAUCGCUUAAGCUAUUAGAACAUCUGCAAAAGUAUAUUAAAGGAAAAAAAUGUAUUAGAAACCAGACUAGAGAACCAACUCAGCUUUGAAUGGCGUUUUCAACAGUUUCAGAAAACACCUUUGUUACUAAUGGGCUGAUGGGUGCAUUGCCUUUUUAAACUUCCUCCUGGUUUGUGGUGCUAAACCCUUGCAGAUCGUAUUUUCCUGCACACUGCAUAAGAUGGGACAUGCCACCUUAAGCAUGUGUGUAGAACACACCUUAAGGAAGUAAAAGAAUUAUUUGCACUGGCUAAUGUUGAGUUUAAUUUGUCCAAAGACAUUCCUAUUUGAGCAGCAAUAUUAUAAUGUAGAUUUAAAGGCAAAACUUACAAAAAACAAUGGAUAGCCUGGGUUCUGGGGAGAUUCUAACGAUGGGCUCCCAAAUCCUACUUCAUUUUUAGACUCAAAGGCUGGCAGGGGCAGCAGAGGCUGAGAAGAAAUGGUCUUUCUGUCCUCCCCUUGAGAAGAUAGAGAACACGACCCCAGAGGUUAAAAUGAUUUUCUUGUUCCACAUUUGGGGGAUAAUUAGAGACUUCAAAUCCUAUACUUUGCUGAGCAGUGAUCAUUAACAUCAAAAUCUGUGAGUUGGGCAAAACAGAGGAUUUCUUGUUUUGUCCUUCUCUUUGCACCUUGGGAUAGCCCAGACUCCUCUGAGUUGGUCAUCAAUACACCACAGCUGGCAGCUCCAGAGAGGAUUUUAAGUGAUAUAGCAUUGAACAUUCUAAUAGUUCUAUACUGACAAAUGUGAAGGUGUAUGAUUAGCAUAUCAGGUCCAUGAUUUCUUGGGUUACUGUUUAGGAGAGGGCUUAGUAAAAAGUGUGUCCAUUUAAAGCAAAAUACAUAAAUAAUAGCACAACUGCAGAGAUGUGGCAAGGAUCUUAAAGAGGUGGCACAUAGGGCACCUGAGCCUGGCCGCCCUGGGUUCUGAGAAGGCUGUUCUGAGGGUGCCUCCCAGGCUCUUUCCUGUGGCUCAAGCAGCAAGCCCACUGGCCAUCAACGUGGGAAGCAGUGAAGGAGUGAUGUGGCCUGCAGGGUAAGAUUCCAGCAGUGCAGCGAGCUACAGGGUCUUUAGCUCCCUGUUCCAGCCUCACUUUCCUCUCCUCUGCCUGCAGCCUCUGCUUGGCACAGCCCCUUCUUGCCCUUACUUUGUGGUGUAGUUUCUCUGCACAUCCCUUAGCUUUUGCUUGGUGGCACAGUUCAUUUACUAGUUCUAUGACCUGAAGCAAAUUACCUACCUGUUAAAUGACUGCUCUCCAUCUAUAAAAUGGGUACCAUAACAGUGACUCCCUCACAGAAGAGUUAUGGGUAUUGGAGGAAACUGACAGUGUGCAAUGCUUGGCCUGGAGUCUAGAAGACACUAAACUCUGUAAUAUUAGCACAGAUGAUUACUAAAUCUGCUCGCUUCUUUCUUUCUCCAGAGUCCAACUCGAGUUACUGAAAACGGAUUGUUGGUAACUUUGGUUUUGGAAAGAACCACUUUGUUUUGACGUAACAUUGCCCUGGGGUCAAGUUGUUUUGUCUUUUCCAGGCUGCCUGGGAAUGGGGUCCAAGUGUUAACAAACAUGGCAGCCUGGGUCUGACCCUCUGGCUUACUAUGAACCAACAGAUGUUGGCUCUGUUGUCCACCCAUCCAUUGCUGAGGUUUUCAUUAAGAAGAGAGGGAGGUGAAGCUUCUCAGCCAGUGUCAUAAUAAGUCUUUCCCAGUGUGUCUUAAUCAUCUUUGAUUGGUAGUGUUAGAGAAUCACCAAGUUGCCAAGAGUGGCUGAUUUAAUCAUGUGAUUUGGUAAUUCUUUGGAAACUGCUACUAUGGAUGAACCAGCAUUAUCAUUGAGCAGUCAUUCCUGGCUCUGCUUAUCUGGCCUGAUGAGUUAUCAUACAGGUUGGUGAAGGAUGCCCUUGUCAGGCUUCUUUGGUGAGGUCAUAGCAUGAACCACCUGCACUUGAGUUCCACCCGAUCCAAUGGCAGCCAAAUCUAGUAACUAUUCCAGACUUUCCUCCAGGAUUAUUGUGAGAGUCAGGCAAUAUAAUGUUUGUAAAGCACUGUAUUGCUUUUUAGUUCUAUAAAAAGCAUUUUGGUUUUUAAUUCUCUCUCUACCAUAGAGGUUGUGGGGAGGGUUACUUCCCCACUGUAUCGAAUUGAAAGUUUUAAAUGGUCUGCCUUCUGCUUGACCAAACACGAUCCAGUCAGGACAGAUCACAUCCUGAGUGAAGAGUCCCGUUGAGAAUUUCAGUAGGUGUAGUGUGGUAGUUGGACCCCAAGUGCCUGUCUGAAGGAGAAAAGACCUUCCUUUGGCCCUUUGCUUCAUGUGUGACAGCAAUGCUGAGGACUAGUGUCCAGAGGAAGUAGUCUUCCAAAGUGACCAAAGUCACUUCCAAAGUCUUUUCAAAACGGGAGCUAAGGGCUGGUGUGUGGCUCAAGUGGUAGAGCACUUGUCAUGCAAGCAUGAGACCCUGAGUUCAAACCUCAAUACUGCUUUAAAAAAAAAAAAGUGGAACUAAAUAAAGAGUGCCCUGGGGAGUGCUUGCCUAGCAUGUGCAAGGCUCAGGUUCUAUCCCUAGCACUGAAAAAAGAAAAGAAAAGAAAAGAAAAAGAGCCUCAUGGGAUGCUCCCUUGAUUUGGCCUCUGAGUGUGGCUAUAGAGGCUUCCACAGGCCACCAGCAUUUACCUCCUAGAUCAGGGAGCUGAUCCAGUAGAAACAGGUUGAGGAAAAAUCCCUCCCAGACAUAGUGUCUUGUAGGUGAAACCUCAGUCCCACUGCCAGUCCUGGCUUCUGAGUCUCUUAAAAUUGUGAGGGUAUUUAAUAUGUGCUACUGCUCCAGGGCUGUCAAGUUGCUGGGGACAUUCGUACUGAGGAUUUGUGCAUUAAAACACUAAUUUGGUCUUUCCAGGAGGUAAGUAUUAUAUGCUGGGAAAUCAGAAUCUGCAGUAUAACAGAUCACUACUGCUCUCUUGUCCUGAGGUGAAUUUACCAAAAGCUAUGAGAAGCAGCCUUUGAACCUCCACAUUCACUGGUCUGUCCCGAGCACUCACAGGGAAUGAUAGAGCCCUGGGGAAUAGUUCUAAGACCUGGCAGGCCUGGAGAAGAGACUCUUACUUUUAGAAGUGUACUGAACGCAUGUUCACACUAAGGAGAGAUACCGCCUGUGUCAGUGAUGACUCAGGGCCUCUGAUUCCAGCUCCCCUGAUCACCUAACUGGAGGCUGGAGUAGAACAUUGGUCUGUUCUGGACAGUGUGGAAGAGGAAGCAUGGCUGCUCCACUGGGACCUUCUAAGGAAGAUGUUCCUCCUGCAGAUCAAGAGAAGCUUUUUAUCCAGAAGUUACGUCAGUGUUGUGUCCUCUUUGACUUUGUUUCUGACCCACUGAGUGACUUGAAGUGGAAGGAAGUAAAGCGAGCUGCUUUAAGUGAAAUGGUGGAAUAUAUCACCCAUAAUCGGAACGUGAUCACAGAGCCCAUUUACCCAGAAGUAGUCCAUAUGUUUGCAGUUAACAUGUUUCGAACCUUGCCACCCUCCUCCAAUCCUACGGGAGCAGAAUUCGACCCAGAGGAAGAUGAGCCAACGUUAGAAGCAGCCUGGCCUCAUCUGCAGCUUGUUUAUGAAUUUUUCUUAAGAUUUUUAGAGUCUCCAGAUUUCCAGCCCAAUAUAGCGAAGAAAUAUAUUGAUCAGAAGUUUGUAUUGCAGCUUUUAGAGCUCUUUGACAGCGAGGAUCCUCGGGAGAGAGAUUUUCUUAAAACCACCCUUCACAGAAUCUAUGGGAAGUUCUUAGGCCUGAGAGCAUACAUCAGAAAACAGAUAAAUAAUAUAUUUUAUAGGUUUAUUUAUGAAACAGAGCAUCACAACGGCAUAGCAGAAUUACUGGAAAUCUUGGGAAGUAUAAUUAAUGGAUUUGCCUUACCACUAAAAGAAGAGCACAAGAUUUUCUUAUUGAAGGUGUUACUACCUUUGCACAAAGUGAAAUCCCUGAGUGUCUACCAUCCCCAGCUGGCAUACUGUGUUGUGCAGUUUUUGGAGAAGGACAGCACCCUCACUGAGCCAGUGGUAAUGGCACUUCUCAAAUACUGGCCAAAGACUCAUAGUCCAAAAGAAGUAAUGUUCUUAAAUGAAUUAGAAGAAAUUUUAGAUGUAAUUGAACCAUCAGAAUUUGUGAAGAUCAUGGAGCCUCUUUUCCGGCAGUUAGCCAAAUGCGUUUCCAGCCCACACUUCCAGGUGGCAGAACGAGCACUGUAUUACUGGAACAACGAAUACAUCAUGAGUUUAAUCAGUGACAAUGCAGCAAAGAUCCUGCCUAUCAUGUUUCCGUCCUUGUACCGCAACUCAAAGACCCAUUGGAACAAGACGAUACACGGCCUGAUAUACAAUGCUCUGAAGCUCUUCAUGGAAAUGAACCAGAAGCUCUUUGAUGACUGCACCCAGCAGUUCAAAGCAGAGAAGCUCAAAGAGAAGCUAAAAAUGAAAGAGCGAGAAGAAGCAUGGGUUAAAAUAGAAAAUCUAGCCAAAGCGAAUCCCCAGUACUCAGUGUUUAGUCACGCCAGCACCAUGAACGCUCCGGUUGCAAUGGAGACAGAUGGGCCUCAGUUUGAAGAUGCACAGAUGCUGAGAAAGACAGUGAGCGACGAGGCUCAUCAGGCACAGAAAGAUCCGAAGAAGGACCGUCCUCUUGCACGCCGCAAGUCCGAGCUGCCUCAGGACCCCCACACCAAGAAAGCCUUGGAAGCUCACUGCAGAGCCGACGAGCUGCUCUCCCAGGAUGGGCGCUAGCGCCAGCUCCGGAGUGCUGCCGGGGGCCGGGCCGGGCAUGCCAGUGUCUUCUGGAUUCUGUAGAAAAUACAUACUGUCUGUGCCAUACCAACCAGUCACACUCAAGAGUCAAAGCCUCCCUCACCCCAUUCUGUAGGCAGUAACACACAUCCGCCCAGCUCAAGACUAGGAGUUCAAACAAUGGUGGCUUCUCAAACCCUGUGUCCUCACAGCGUUGUCACCUCCCCAGCGUGGCCCUAAGUAAGACUGUCACAAAAUCAGAGCUGUAGGAAAGCACCCUGGUCCUCAUCCAUGUUCUACCCAAAUGAAACUUGUGACCCUAUAAAAUAGGUGGUUGUGGGUAACAUCAGUGUUCAAAUCUGAGGAACACCUUAGAAAAUCUUACCUGGUUUUGAGACUUCACAGCUUUGCGGUUUGUGCGCCAUUCUUAUGCUGGCAGUUUUCAUUUGUUGAAUCUCACAGAGAUGGCUCUUUGCUCUCACGUCCUAACAGCCCACUGGGAGAGUGACAUGACAACCCUCAGCCUCUGGCACCUGCUAAGGUGUUUCUUGCUUUGCCUGUGGCAUGUCCACCUUGUCCUACUUCUCUGUCUACCGAAAGCCAUAUUUCCUAGUCUGUGGGACAGCACCAGGAUUCUAGGGGUGAGCUCCUAGAAGAGAGUUAUCUUAAAAGAGCUUUCUCUGUCUACCUUGACUGGAAUUGGAAUUUUUUAAUUAUGUAUUCAUAUUUUUAUUUGCAGAAUCAAUUUUUUCAUCUAUUUACACAUUGUUGCCCUUCAACAAGACUCUGGAAUUGAUAAAAUUAUAGUGUCUAAGAAUCCCAUAUCUGUAGAAAGUUAGAAUGAGUUAAAAGCUGCAGCUGCCUUUGGGCAUAAAGUAGCAAAAAUAACAUUGUAGGCCCCAGGCCCUGCACGGCCCUGCCACACUCACGCACGAUGAGAAGCGGUCCUUGGAGCGUGGAGGAAGCAGCAGUGAGGGCGGCAGAGAGCAUCCGUGUUCUGUGGGAGAGAGCACACACUACCCACUCCAAGGAGAGGGCACUGUCUGAGUUUUCACCAGUCUUCAAAUGCUGCUAUAUAUUUCACAGACUUCUUGCAUGGAUUAAGCUUUUGUUUUAGAUGGAAUAGCACGAGGAGAAAAUCCUUUAAACUUAGUGCUUUGUCUGUUCUUAUUUCUCUCAGGGUGGCCAGUAUUUUGAUUUAUUUAUCCUGCUUGAAAGCUACUUGACAUGUACACUGCUGUUCUGAACAGUGACUAGUUUCCUUUGUCUCUGGCAUAUAAUAUAACUUAAUGUUAAAUGUCUUGAUACAUAAGAGAUAAAAUGUGGCUUCUUUUAGGAUCUGUUUUUUUAAUCGUGGUCUCGGGUAUCCAUGAAAAGAUUGUGAAAUCAGACAUUGCGCCUGCCCAGGGUCUCCCAACAACACUUGUUUCUCAAGUGGGAGGAAAACAACCUGGGGGGAGUUGGGGCUCCUGUUGAGAGCCAGCACAAGCUCUAAAUGAGGUCACCCUGGCUGACAGUGGGCAGGGCCGUCCAGUUGGUGAGAAGAACAUUUCCUGAGAAACUUGACAAGUAUCUAUCCAUUUUACCAUUAUGAAAUCUAUUAUUUAAAAAAAAAAAGUUGAGAUGCCUUCUCCUUUUGAGGGAAAAAGGGUGCUUUUUAUUGUAUAAAGCAGCGUCUUAUGUAUUUUGAUAUACCAUUGUUUGAACUUCUGUCUUUAGCUGAUAGAUUCUCAGAUAUCCCCGAUUUGGGGUGUUGGUAUGUUGUGAGAGGUUUCUGGAAGACUCUCCUUUGCCCUAGGGGAAAAGCAAGAUAUCAAUGUCCGGGUGAUUGUGUAAAGCUCAACGUAUAAGAACAUCUUUUGGUCUAGGUUUUAUUUCUGCUCUUUAUUGAAGACAAACAUUCACCAAUAAGGGAAAAAAAAAAAGUUUUGA